AUGAGUGACGUACAAGGAAUAGUCAAAGCUCUAUGGAUCCAGUUCAAUUGGAACUUCGGUGUCAUGAACUGUGGCUCGGCGUGGAGGGCCCACCGGAGAACCUUCCAUCAGUGCUUUUCCCGUCAACAUGUGGCAAAGUAUCAUCACAUUCUAGAGGAGGAGAUACGUAUAUUCCUCGGUCGAAUGGCGACCAAUGCCCCAGACAUAUUCCAUGAUAUCCGAACGUUACUGAUGGAUGACGCUGAUUACUUGGGACACGGAUUCUCAGAGGUUACACUCCCCGGGAGCAACCUUGUCAAUCUUUUCCCCAUUCUCCGUUACGUUCCAAAAUGGUUUCCGGGUGCCUCCUGGAAGCGUCGAAUGGCUGAGAUAGCCGCUGUUAGUCGAAGAAUCGUCGUCGGUCCCUUCCGUGACGCAAUGCAACAAACGUUCCGCGUCAAUACAUUGCGUCGCCAUCGGAAAGCUGGCAUUGACACGACAGUGAACACGAGCCGGGCCUUUAUUUUGGCCUUGGCAACACAUACCGAGGUUCAGCAGCGAGCCCGGGACGAAGCUGAGGCAGUACUAGGGGAAGGGCGUCUUCCUUCGGUGGGCGAUUGUGCGAAAUUACCCUAUGUCCAAGCUGUCGUGAGGGAAAUUUACCGGUGGCACACUGUGGUUCCGCUCGGUAAGCUCCUGCUCAUCCUACCUAGCCCAUCCGUUCUCAACCAUCCCAGCGAAACGCAAGCAAUACCCCACGUCUCAUCGAGGGAUUUUGAAUACUGGGGCUAUUUGAUUCCGAAAGGAACAAUGAUUUUACCUAACAGCUGGGCUGUGAUGCACGAUCCUGACACGUUCAAGGACCCUUUGGAAUUUAGACCGGAACGAUAUCUCAAAUCUGACGGGAAGUUGGACACCUCUGUACUGGAUCCCGAUGUUGCAGUCUUCGGUUACGGUCAGCGUAAAUGUCCUGGUCGACAUUUGAGCAACGAGGCCCUAACGUACACGAUUGUGUGUCUAUUGACAGUUUUUGAAAUCAAGCCCUCUAAAGACGAGCUGGGGAACGAUGUACCGAUGGAGCUCAAAGUCAACUCCGAUCUCAUCUGUUCCCCGGAGCCGUUCAACCUUAGAUUCUUGCGGAGAAACGCCGUCUGCCUCAUGUAA